CUGCUAAGUAGGCCCGUUGUUAGACCUUCGGGAAAUUGAGCGUAUCAUUUGUCAUUUUGCCAAUUCAAUUGACAAUUUUGGCUAUAAAAACUAAACGUAGGCCUCGAUGGGCUAUGAGUUCUUACUGGAGUUUCGCGGUGGCAAAUUCAAAGUAAAACUAGAUCCAAUUUACUCUUAGAAUCAACAUGAAUCGAAUGCUGCUCUACACCUUGGUUAUAUUGGCCCUCGCUUUGGUUCAGGCCUGUCAGAUCCAUCAUAAUCUGACAUUUCCUGCUGUUAGCCAAGUUUCUGACUGUUCUGCCAAUUGCCUUGGCCACCUCACAUAUUCAAAUCAGAGUUUGACGAGGGAUCUGCCCACCACUACUGCCUCUCCGAUGUCUCUCCGCCUGGAAUACUUCAAUUGUGGGAAACCUUUCGGGUCUCUGGGGUUGUAGCCGCGCAUUGUUGUUGAUUUUGUUAUUGUUUAAAUAAAUUGUUAUAAGUUAUUUAUCAAGCGAAAAGUUUU